CGCCGUACAAGGAAAGCUCGCGGAAAAUUCGGAAAAACUCGUGGAAAAUGCACAGAGGUGACCGCCAGGCGCUUUGGCACCGUCCGUCACAAAAAUGAAACCGGACGCGAUUUUGAGGAAAUUUCGGAAAAUCGCGGUUGCGUUUUUGGACAGUGCAAUCAUGCCUAGAUUGUUGGUAGUGAUCACCUUGGUCCUGUUGAUCGGAUCAAAGCAAUGCAGCCUGCAGAAGCCGAAUAUGGAUAAUAAGAGGCAUGAUGUUUAUAUUGCCGGAUUCUUUCCUUUUGGGAAAGGAGUGGAAAAUUCUGAAACAGAUCAUGUCAACGAGCACUCUGGAAUACUGAGGAACUAUAGGCUACACAUGUGGUGGAACGAUACUAUGUGUAAUGCUGCUGUUGGAGUCAAAGCGUUCUUUGACAUGAUGCACAGUGGACCGCAUAAGCUUAUGCUAUUUGGAGCUGCCUGCACGCAUGUUACGGAUCCCAUCGCUAAGGCUUCAAAACAUUGGCAUUUAACACAGCUUUCGUACGCGGACACUCAUCCAAUGUUCACCAAGGAGAACUUUCCGAACUUUUUCCGAAUAGUUCCGUCUGAAAAUGCGUUCAAUUCGCCUAGACUACACCUGCUGAAGGAGUUUAAUUGGACCAAAGUCGGUACGAUCUAUCAGAACGAACCUAGGUACUCUUUGGCACAUAAUAGGUUGGUAGCUGAGCUGGACACGAUGGGAUACCAAGUACUCGAAUCUCAGAGCUUCACCAACGAAGUAACAACAGCUCUGACGAAAUUAAAAGAGAAGAUACUCGUAUAA